AUGACUACAACUAGCAGAGCACGUGCUCACGAGACCCUGACCUUUGUCGGGGCAUCUGAGGCCUGUGCACGGCUUUACCUGGAACGGUUUUGGAACAGAUCAGGCAUCCUGACGAGUGGAUGGUUGGCAGACACCCAUUUCUCAAUGCAACAGCGAGAAACCUCGAGCAUCUGGCAUCGUGCAACAGCCACAGUUUGCGGACGUGAAAUCGGCCGCGUGGCUGUGAGGGAGGAUCCUGAGCCUAAUGUCGCAAUGCAGAUGACAGACCUCUAUGUUGAGCCCGACUUGAGACGUCAUGGCAUUGCUUCCAGGCUACUGCGCGGAAUGUUGUCCAGGUUGACGCGAGUCACGCAGUCUUCGCACAUCGAC